ACGACGCCGGGAGGAAGCUCGCGUUGCAGGCUUUAUUUGUCGCACUCAGUUUUGCUGUUGUGAAGAGGGCCACGUGGGCACGCCCGAUGGCCAACAUCUGGAGGACGGGCGUCAGCAGGGGCGCCUCGCUCGGUCGUACAGCGCUGAAAAAGAAGAACAAACGCAAACCAAGGAAGACGGCGGAAAUUCGCGCGGCAAAGCAAGCUAGGGCGGCUCGGCGAGUAGCCACCAAGAGCACGGACACGACGGCAACUGUGACAUAUAACGGUGGCAAUGGAUGUACGGCCGCGGGGACCAAGAGGAGCAACGCCGCGAUGGCAAGUAAGCAGGGGGUCCAGCGCCGUAGAGCCACCACCAUCUCGUGA